AUGCCAGACACCAAAGUCUCUGCUAAAAUCUGCGAGUCUUCUCUACAGCAGCUAGAAUAUGCCUUAAAGGUGAAGAGCAGGACUGUUCACUUUAUGAAUUUAAGAAACACAGGAACUCUGAACAACAAAAGCUGUUUAGAUGAGACCACUUACGAAAAACUGGCUGAAGAAACACUGGACUCCUUAGCAGAUUUCUUUGAGGAUCUCACAGAUAAGCCUUUUACCCCGGAAGACUACGAUGUCUCUUUAGGGAGUGGAGUUCUAACAGUUAAAUUAGGUGGAGACAUGGGAACAUAUGUAAUCAAUAAGCAAACACCAAACCGGCAGAUUUGGCUCUCCUCACCCACUAGUGGGCCCAAGCGCUAUGACUGGACUGGACGGAACUGGGUAUAUUCUCAUGACAGAGUAUCCCUUCAUGAACUGCUAUCAAAAGAAUUUUCAACAGCAUUAAAAACUAAACUAGAUUUGUCCUGCUUAAUAUAUUCUGGGAAAGAAGACACUUGAUAAUUUUCUACCUCAUGGAAAUUAAAAGACUUUAACCAGGAGCCCUUCUGUGGUUUCUAAAGUACCUGAACUUAAUUCUGUUGUUGUUUUUCUUCACCAUGUUGUGUAACAACAUGAAAGUAAUAAUUUUUCUUUAGUGCUCAGUGUUUGGGUUUCUGUGUCACUGCUUGAAUUUGUACCCAUGAAGUACAGACGGCUGAGUUAUCCAUACGUUCCUAUCACUGCAUUUCUUACUCUUAGCUAAGAAGUGAGUCGUGAACUCCUCUUGUCCAUAGCUUUGUUUGGAUGUAGGAUCUGGCUGGUCUGGUGACUUUUGACCAGUGCACAGCUUCUUGUGCUGGGGCCUUCACCCCAAAGAAGCAGUGCCAGUGGAUCGCAUUGGCAGGACUUGUGGUACUGUGAAUGGGCUGCAUUAAACCUUGAGGCCAGUGAAGGGAGCCUGGUGCAAUCGAGAGCAAGUAAGGCAUCACAGUCUAAUUGAACACAAUGGUAAAGGAAAUGAGUGUGGUGGGUAGAAAUUUUUCAUAUUGUGUAAUAGAUAUAGUAGGAGUUUUUUUAAGCUGAAUUUUAAACUGCAUGCAGGUCUGUGUGGUUGUAAGCAGUACGUGUAACUGAAAAAGCUGGUUGAUCGUAUUUAAGCUGUGCAGCAGUAACUUUACAAACAUUGUGUUCUGUUACUGUGAAUUUCUCCUUCUGUUCCCUUUUGUUCUUUGAAGAGUAAAAAUACGUAAUUUACUGACUGCUUUUUAGUUGAGCAAAAUGAAGAUCCUCUCAUAGCUAAAAUUUGCAUUACUUUUUGUACUGCUGCAUUUCUAAGAAACUGAAUGUAGAUUUUUUUUUCACCAUAAUGCAACAAGGCUUCCAUUAGUACUGUGCUGAUGCAGAAACAUUUGCCUUUUUGCCUCUUAGAAUUGAAGAAGUUGAAUCUGCUUCAGACUGUUAAGAAAGAGGAAUGAAAUAAAUUAUAUACGGCAGAUCUUAAAUGAAAAAAAAACCCUUUUUAAAAAGAAAUUGUGAAAUGCAGUAAAAACACUACAACACUUGGUACUGUUGUAAUAUUACCAAUAAUGGGUUUUAAUUGUUUGUGAAAUGGGAGCACAGAGUUACUCACUGAUUCUUGAGGAAUGGUUAAACCAUACUCUUAAAUAUUUUAUCAUUGUAUGAAAAGAUGUCCGGUGCAAACUCUCCCCCCCGCCCCGGUUCUUGAUUUUUCUGACACUUGUGUUUAGCUUGGCAUGAUUUUCUGGCUAGCUAGAAUUAUUGCAGGUGCAAUAAUUUGUCGUAGAGAAACAAUAGCUAUGUAGUAUGAUUGCCUAGUACUUGCAUUUAAAAUAGAAGUCUUGUUACCAGCUAUUUCCCACCAUUAAAUAGAGCAAAAGUAAUGUUUCACUGGAGCUGGUUCGUGGUUAAUUGUGCACGCCGUAUUUGCAUGUUUUUCAGUCAAAAUAAAAAAGAAGACAGUUAUCUGAAAAUUUAAGUCUACUAGAUGAGGUGAGUACAAUGACUAGCAACUGGUAUGAGUAGAAGAGACUAAAAGAUACCAUUUUACAAAGCAAAACUAGAUAUAGAACUUUUUUUACUUUUGGAACAGUAAAACUAAUUUGUAGCAUGUGAAGAAUGGUAAUAAUUCAGCUCAGUCUCUCAGUUCAUAAAGCUAGAUUUACUUAGACACAUCUGUACAGACAGUAAUGAACUGAUAUUUGAAGCAAGGGUACUUUCUCCUGGUUCUUACUUUGUUUAAUUACAAGUAACUUGUGUAAUUAUUCUGCUGACUUUCCAAAAUUACUUUCUUAAGUGAUUUGCAUGCAACUUAUAUUCAUUGACAUACAUCAGAAACCCAUUUGGAGCUUCACCCACCAUUCCCUUUCAUCUUGAACAAUUGUUUACACCGCAAUGAAGUUGUAUGUAGAAUUUGGAAUCCUUUAUAUGAUAGAGAUAUUUCAGUCUGGGAUGAUAAAGGAAGUCACUGCAGCUAUGCA